AACCGUUGGAAUAUGUGGCGUUGGCGGAGCGCGGGGACAAUAGAGUUUUGUACUUAUUCGAUUGUUCAAGAGUGAAUUGAAUGAAGUGAAUAGACACGUCCGCUGUUAGGUUGACGAAGAAUUUUCUGAAUGGUUCAUAUUUCUACGGUCAGAGAGAGAGAAGAAGAAAGUUGCAGAGAGAUUUCUCCUCUGUUUUGAAAAGAACAGUAAUAAACACGUGUCCUCUAUUAGGACACAUGUUGUGCAACAGUAACUUCCAGUUCCAUCUGCCAAUACUGCAUGCUGAUGCAGCCAAGUUUUAAUCUUUUCUAAACCGUAGAAAGAUUUCUACUUUAUAACGACUUGCAGAGUUGACGAUUAACUUGUGUUGCUUGUGAAACCAUGGAUUUGGAGCAGGGUGAAGAAAUGGCAGUAGAUGAGAUUCUUGAGGCUCAAUCUCACAUAUGCAGCCACAUCUUCAGCUUCAUCAACCCCAUGGCUCUCAAAUGUGCAGUCCAAUUAGGAAUUCCAGAUGCCAUCCACAGCCAUGGCCCCAACCCCAUGCCCCUCUCUCAGCUUGUUUCAGCCCUCCAACUUAGCCCUCAAAAGACCCCUCACAUAUACCGCUUGAUGCGUCUUUUAGUCCACUCGGGUUUCUUUGUAAUGCACAAACUGAGCAGCCAAAAUGGUGCAGAACAGAAAGAGGAAGAGGGAUAUGUUCUGACCAAUUCGUCUCGUCUUUUUCUCAAAGACAACCCUUUGAAUCUGGCUCCUUACCUGCUCUACAUGUUCGAGCCAUUUCGAGUGGAGCCAUGGCAGUUCCUCUCGGCCUGGUUUCGAAGCGAGGAUCGAACGCCGUUCGAUACAGCUCAUGGGAUGUCGUUUUGGGAGUAUAUGGGGAGGAAGCCAAGAGAUAGCGAGGUUUUUAAUGCAGCCAUGGCUAGUGAUUCGAGGUUGGUGAUGAGUGCUCUGAUGGGCAAGUAUAAAGGUGUGUUUGAAGGACUUGGCUCGCUGGUUGAUGUGGGAGGUGGCAUUGGAACUGUGGCCAAAGCCAUUGCUGAGGCUUUUCCAAGCAUAGAAUGCAGUGUGUUUGAUCUUCCCCAAGUUGUGGCUGACCUGAAAGGGGAAGGAAACCUGAAAUAUGUUGAAGGGGACAUGUUUGAAGCUAUUCCUCCUGCUGAUGCACUUCUGUUGAAGGCUAUAUUGCAUGACUGGAAUGAUGAAGAAUGUUUGAAGAUAUUGAAGAAAUGCAAAGAGGCAAUCAUGGUGAGUGGAAAAAAAGGGAAAGUAAUUGUAAUUGAUGUGGUGGUAGAGGAGGAGAAAAUGGAGGACAAGUUUGUUCAAACUCAAUUAUUCCUCGACAUGAGCAUGAUGGCUGUGGUGGGUGGAAAAGAGAGAAAUGAGAAAGAGUGGUCACAGCUCUUCUCCAAGGUUGGAUUUAGAGACUACAAGAUUUUUCCUAUUCUGGGUUUAAAGUCUCUUAUAGAGCUUUAUCCUUGACACACACACAUGCGAUUACUCAAGGAGUAAUCUUGUCCUGACAUCAUUUGGAGUAGUCUUGUCUUGAAAUAAUCUUAACGGUAAGAAGUAAUCUUGUCCUAGAGUAAUCUUGUCCUCAUCAUUUGGAGUAGUCUUGUCGUGAAGUAAUCUUAACGACAAGCUUAUCAUUUGGUGUAGAAGGUGUAGAAGUAAUCUUAACGGUAAGGAGUAGUCUUAUCUUCCUGAAGUAUAAUCUUAUCUAGGUCUUCCUGAAGUAUAAUCUUAUCUAGGACAAAGAUUUGGUUCCACCGUUAAUGAACCUAAGUAUUUUCCUAUAUAUAUGGUAAAACUUUUUUCUU